CCGCCCCGUCGGGCAGGAAGGAGGUGAAGGUGGUGAUCGUGGGCGACGGGGGCUGCGGGAAGACGUCGCUGCUGAUGGUGUACGCCAAGGGCGCCUUCCCCGAGCAAUACGCGCCCUCUGUUUUUGAGAAGUACACGACGAGCGUGACGGUGGGGAAGAAGGAGGUCACCCUGAACCUGUACGACACCGCAGGGCAGGAGGACUACGACAGGCUACGGCCACUUUCUUACCAGAACACCAAUGUCGUGUUAAUUUGUUACGAUGUCAUGAACCCCACUAGCUAUGAUAAUGUGGCAGCCAAGUGGUAUCCUGAAGUGAAUCACUUCUGCCGGGGUGUGCCGCUCGUGCUGAUCGGCUGCAAGACAGACCUCCGCAAGGACAAGGAGCAGCUGCGCAAGCUCAGGGCUGCCAAGCAGGAGCCCAUCACCUACAACCAGGGUGAGGCAGCUUGCAAGGAGAUUAAUGCAGAAAUUUACCUGGAAUGCUCAGCAAAAUGUCGUGAGAACAUAGAGAAUGUUUUUAAGGAAGCCACAACCAUUGCACUGAGUGCCAUGAAGAAAGCCAAGCGCCACAGGAAACGGAAAGUGUGCUCAGUGUUAUGAUCUGGACUGCACAAGAACCAAGUGAUUCAGAUUUUAUAAACAGUUUAACUUUUAAAGUCUUCUCUU